CUUCUCUCCACUCACCAUUGCUAUUAUGUCAUUUGCUGUCAUGGCUGCCCCCAUCGCGCUCAUUCAAGGGGCCAGCAGAGGACUGGGUCUUGAGUUUUGCAAGCAUAUCUUAAAGAGCAAAAGCUCUGCUGCUGUUAUAGCGACAUGCCGAAACCCGGACGGAGCGGCAGAGCUGCGGGGCCUGGCCGGUCAACACCCCAGCAGACUGACGGUGCUCCGGCUAGACGUGACCCAGGAGGAAGACGUCCGCGGGGCUGCUCAGCGUGUUAAGGAGAGCUUUGGUCGGCUGGAUCUGAUUGUCAACUCCUCGGCAAUGCUUCACCCCUCUGGAAAAGGAGAGACCAGCCUGAGAGAUGUUUCUGCUCAGGGCAUUAUUUCCACCUUGAUGACCAACACAGUGGGUCCCCUGGUAAUGGCCAAGUAUUUUACCCCCCUCCUUCAGAAGGGUGGGGGUGGUUUCGGUCAGCAGCCUGCAGAGAAAUCGAAGCAGCACAGCGGCAUCAUUGUGAACAUCACUGCCAAAGUGGGAUCCAUAGGUGACAAUGGCCUUGGUGGUUGGUACAGCUACAGAAUGUCUAAAGCAGCUCUCAACAUGGCUACCAGGAAUCUUUCUAUAGAGCUGGGCCGCAGUCGACCAAAGGUAGUGUGUGUGUCUUUACAUCCAGGAACAGUGAACACAGACCUGUCUCGACCAUAUCACAAGAAUGUGCCAAAAGACAAGUUGUUCAGUGGUGAACACUCUGUGAACUGUCUGAUGAGCAUCAUAGAAGCAUUGAACAUCGAAAAGACUGGCAAGGCGUACAACUGGGACGGAGCUGAACUUCCUUGGUAGAAUCAAUAAAUAGAUGAAGAAAGAGAGAGAUGACUUUACUUGACUACAUUCUGAUGCUAGGGGAGUCACAGUCAAAGACCAACUUCUAACACUACCUCACAACCAACUGAAGUGCUCAAACCACCUCUUAUACUUAUAAUGUCAUCAAAAUAAGGCCUUUGUGUGCCCUUGGUAUAUGAUGCUAUGCUAAUGAUCUAGUGUAGCACAUAUAGAGGAAUCAUUUUGGAUGUGAAUAUAGUAUUAAAUUUAAUUUGAGUUUUUUUGUUGUAUCAAUUUAUGUUUCCAAGUGACUUAUGAUAAAGCAUUUUACAUUUAAAGUAAAGCCAACAAAUAAGGCUUUACGUCACAAAAUACGAUGGGGUUGUACCAAUGAAUGCAUUUAGCACAUCAAGGGCUAAUUUAAUGGUAAAAAUAAUGAAAUAUAAUACUUGACUUGAGUUUUUUUUUUCUGUAUCAGUUCAUUUUACUUAAGAGUCUUCUGUCAAAGCAAUAACAUGACUUUAUGUGAGACUGUUGCUGGGAUUCAAAACAAUACCACUCACAUUAUUUGCUCCGUUUAGCAUAAAGGCUAGAAAAAAGCUAGCCAGGCUCCAAGCAAUGUAAGAAAUCACACCUGAAAAUCAGAGAAAUAAACAUGUUUGACUGCU